GCUACAUGCCUAUUAGGCUAAAAAAAUAAAAAAUAAAAAACAGUUCACAGAUAAGGAAAAAGAUCUCUAUCAUUUCUUAGCAAAACACUUUUUCAAAUUUGUAAGUAGACAGGAUAUAACUGCUCAGUGCGGUUACAGUGGUGUAGUUAAAGUUGAGCCUCAAACAGCAUCUACACACAGUGGUGCCGUCCACACACACAUCUAUCUUACAGAAUGGCCUCUAAAAGACCCAAAAUCUACAAGAAGGAUAAUGCCAAUGAGACAGGCAAAAUGGACAGAAAAGAUGUUGAGGAGAAGAUCGCAGUCGUGAGAAGUCGCCAUGUCAGGACAGAAGCAGAGAACGCCUCACGACACCAAACAAGCAAACACACAGAUUAUUUGAGGAUCCGAAAAGCAGCUCCAGUGUGUUUGGUGCUGAUGUGUGUUGCUAUGCUGACUGUAGUCAUAGUGAUGGCUGUCAAUCUCUACACGAUGAUUGAAGAGUUUUACGUCAAAAACACAAACCACACCAAUGAGAUAAAAACCUUAAAACAAAUAAAAGAAAACUUACAACGCGUUAUUAAAAAUUUAGCAGAAAGUAACAAAGCCCUAAAGGAAGAAAAUCCAAAAAUACAUCAAAAAGUGGAAGAACUAAGGAAACAGAUUAAUAAAAUGGAUGGAUGGCGGUGCAAUCAAUCCAGUCUUUACUUCAUUUCAUCUGAGAAGAAAAACUGGACUGAGAGCAGACGAGACUGCAAAGAGAGAGGAGCAGACCUGAUCAUCAUAGAAAGUAAAGAGGAACAAGAGUUUGUAGAAAGAGAAAUUGGUGUUUCUGAUUCAGUCUGGAUUGGUCUGACUGACAGUGAGUUGGAGGGCACAUGGACAUGGGUUAACGGCACUAGUCUGUCCCCUGGGUUCUGGGGAGCAGGAGAACCAAGUGGUACCAGCACUAAUGAUGAAGACUGUGCCGUUAAUCUGCCUUUAGGCUUUGGGGAUUACCCCUGUAAAAACACAUUUAAAUGGAUAUGUGAGCGACAAAAUUAAACAAAUAAGAAGGAUUUCAUUAAUUAAAGGGUAAAAAUGGAGCUGUUACAACAUUGUCUCAUUUGACUUUUUUUAAAAACAGCCCCACAAGUUCUCAUGAAAUAAAAAUCUGUAGCAUAAAAUAUUAAUAAUUGUUUAAGAUUUCAUUAUAAUUUGUGAUACACUCAAUUGCAAAAUUAUUCAUACCACUGGUAAAUUCUGACUUAAUGUUACUCUAAUUC